AGCUGAAGGACUUUGAUCUACCCAGCUACCGAGAAAUGAGACGGGCGGGUGGGAGGUAUUUAUUUAUAGCAGUGGAUGGACGCCUCGUUGUAGUAAAGUUACAAUGGAGGUCUACGCUAGCGCUUUAGCAGUUCUUCUACUUGCAAUUUUUGACUUUGCAUAUGGACAGAAUUGUGUUGGGAGGGUAGAUGGAGUAUAUGACGCCGGCUGCCGCGCCUACACCACGUGUAAAGGCGGGGUAGGCACAAUCACCGAAUGCAAGCAGCCUAUGGUCUUCAAUCGAGAUACCAACCAGUGUGACGAUCCUGCCAAUGUACAUGAGAUUUGUGGGACGUUCCGGGACUGUGAAGGUCGAGAUGACGGAAGAUAUCCGGACAUCGACCGGAAGUGUCAAUAUUAUUUCACGUGCUAUGCGCGGAAAUUCAUGGGACACAAUCCGUGCCCCGCUGGACUUGUAUUUAACUUUGCCCUACAAACUUGUGACUACAUCACCGACAUCGGUCCGCCAUGUGGAAUCAAUCCGAAUAUGACGUCAAGUCCACUGGAACAACUUGGGUGAUCUCUUCAUCAGCUGACGACAAUUAAUUAAUUGCUGAUUAAUACUUUACUUAAUUGUAUACCAAACAUGUUUGAAAAGACUUUUAAUGUAUUAAAUACAAUGUAUUAAA